AGUGGCAAAAUUCAAAGGUGUUGUUGAACUUGCCAGCAUCUACAACUGCUGUUCAGUUGAUGGAAGAAGUUGGAAAGAAGUGCCAUUAUCAUCCUGAUUCAUUUGAACUGGUACUUCAGAGAAUGCCUGAUGGAGAAUCAGUGAUUAUCAAUGAUCUCAAAGAUCAAACUUUAGAGGAAGUUGGCUUUCGAUGUAUUAACAAUGCAAGAAAUAUAUUGAUAAUAGGAAACAGAAAUGGGGAGCCUCCACAAAAAGUUGAGGUCAGUGAAGAUACUCCUCUUGUCAAGGAUCGUGACAUCCAAAUGGGGUCAGAUUUCUCUCUCUCAGCAUCGGGGGAUGCUGGAAGUACUCAUGUUCCUUCAGCUGCACUGCCAUACAGUUCAGGUUCUAGUGAUUUCAGUUAUGGUUGUAGCUAUGCAAGUGCUGUUAUGAAACAAGAUACAGGUUUUGUGGGACUUGUAAACCAAGCUAUGACUUGUUAUCUCAAUAGUUUACUACAAACACUUUACAUGACCCCUGAAUUUCGAAAUGCUUUGUAUAGGUGGGAGUUUGAUGGCACUGAAGAAGAUGGAGUAAAAAGUAUUCCAUUUCAACUUCAAAAGCUUUUUCUCCAGUUACAAACCAGCAAGAGACCAGCCAUUGGUACGACAGAAUUGACAACAAGCUUUGGAUGGGAUAGUAGUGAAGCUUGGCAACAACAUGAUGUCCAGGAGCUAUGUCGUGUUAUGUUUGAUGCACUAGAACAGAAAUUCAAGAAUACAGACCAGGCUGAUCUCAUAAGCACAUUGUAUGAAGGAAAACUAAAAGAUUAUGUGAAAUGUUUAGAGUGUGGGUUUGAAAGUGCCAGGAUUGACAAAUUCUCUGAUGUACCUUUGGUAGUAAGGCCUUUUGGGUCUCAACAAUCUUAUGGAAGUGUGGAGGAAGCUUUACGGGCAUUUGUAUCACCAGAGACUCUAGAUGGAUCAAACCAGUAUUAUUGUGAACAUUGCAGCAAGAAAUGUGAUGCUCAUAAAGGCCUGAAAUUCAUCAACUUUCCUUAUCUUCUCACUUUACAACUGAAGAGAUUUGAUUUUGAUCCAAUGACUCUUCACCGCAUUAAACUUAAUGACAGGGUAACGUUUCCAGAGAUUCUCAAUUUAAAUGACUUUAUCAAGGAGGAAUCAGAGGAACUGGUUAAUGAUGAUGCAGACACAACAGACAGUGGAUCAGCCUUGGAUGAAGACAACUUUUUUCACAGUGGUACUAAGACAGGAUCAGAAACAAUGAGUGAUGAUGCUGCAGAGUUAGAAGAUGAUGAAGGAAUAGAUCUUGGUCCCAAUGGUCACUCUUCAGUUGUUGGUAGUCAGGAAGUUCCAACAAACGAACGCAACCUGCGAAAAGCAAUGGAGAAGGGUCCAUAUGUGUAUGAACUGUUUUCUAUUAUGGUCCAUUCAGGAAGUGCAAAUGGGGGACAUUAUUAUGCUUACAUCAAGUGUUUCAAGGAUGGCCAGUGGUAUUGCUUUAAUGAUGCUCAAGUUACCAAGAUAACCUAUGAUGAUAUAAGGAAAACAUAUGGUGGUGGCCCAAGCAGGGGUUACUAUUCUAGUGCAUAUUCAAGUUCAACGAAUGCAUACAUGUUGAUGUAUAGGCAGAUAGACAAGAAUAAAAAUGCUGAAUGUAUAGGAGUAGAAGAGUUCCCUGAACAUAUUAAAGCUUUACUACAAUGUAUGCAGGAACAAGAGGAGAGAGACAGACAACAAAGAGAAGUAGAAAGAAAUACUUGCAAGAUCAAAUUGUUUUGUCAUCAUCCAUUACAAAACCGUAUGGUUGAGAUGAGGUUGAAAGUUCACAAAGACUGUACCUUGGAAGAGACCACUGCUACAGCUCGCAGUAUAAUGAGACUUGAUGCUAUAGUGCCUUUAGACUGCUGUAGAUUAGUGAAAUAUGAUGAAUUUCAUGACUCCUUGGAGUGCUCUUUUGAUGAUACUGAGGAUCAGACAAUUGGUGAACUACUUGGUGGUGUGAAGUCUACUUAUAAAUUUGACCUACUGCUAGAAACCAAAAAACCCCAUGAAAAGUUUCAAGUAUAUAAACCAGGUGGUACAACAGUGAAACUGUACAUAGUUGAUGUAGAAUCUGAGGAAAUUUCAGCUCCAGUCACUCUCCGCAGUCAUUUGAGUCAGACUGUAGAGGAGUUUAGGGAACAAGUGGCACAGGCAUUGGGCUUGUGUUCAAUAGAAAACACUCGUUUAGUGUUAGAGCGAUACUACAAUGACUUGAGACUUCUGGAAAAUUCCAGUAAAACACUAAAGAUGGAAGGAUUUUAUCGCAGUAAUAAGGUGUUCGUAGAGUACACAGAUGCAGAUGAUGCUUCAAAACCUUUUAUGGAGAGUCGUUUCUAUAAAGUUUUAGAUCGCUAUGAGCAUACAAUAUGCAUUCAUGUUGCUCUACCAAGAGUUGAUAAAGAUGUUUUAGAGAAAUUGGGAAUACCUGCAAACAGUGAUCAAGGACUGCAGAGUGGUAGAGAAGAUCCUCGCUAUGAUGAUAGUGGCACUGAAGAUGUAGAAGCUGAAGGUUCAACCAUACAAAGCCUUCCUAAAAAUCGGCAAGUUAAUAGAGCAGUUGAUGAAAACUUGCAGUAUGAUGAUAGUGAACUAUGUGAUUCAACAUCUAGUGGUUAUCAUGGUGGUCAGGGAGUCCAUAGUGAUCAUUCUGAGGACAGUAGUCUAACAGACAGUGAACGAACACUUGUAGGUGAUGAACUCUCACCAAGAAAUAACUCUCCAGACUUGACAGGAGUUGACAUGGAUAGUGAUCCUGAUCCUUCACAGAAAGUUGGAGAACUUUUAGCUGGAGCCAGUGGGUCUCUGACAACCACAGGUACCAAACCUGAGUCUGAAAGCUUACAGAAUAGUAGUGUAAGUAGUUCACCACGUAGUGAGCCAUGUGAAGAUGAGAGAAAUCUUUCUUCACCAGAAGAAAAUACUGCACAAUCUCCUAAGCCUUCUAAAAAAGUUCAGGGCGAUUGGGGAUCUAAGAAUGAUGAAGAAGAUCAGGAGGAGGAGGAAACAGGAAUUCAACCAAAGGAUGUAGGAAGCUGCUACUUCCGUGCAUGGCCUUAUACAGAUCCUGAAACAUGUGAGAAAAUGCUUAGGGUGUAUAUAGACAAACGUAUAAGCUUAGGAAUUUUAAAGAAGAAACUUGAAUCAUGGGUUGGAGUUCAUUCUGAUUAUUUUAAGUUGUACAGGGUUUAUUCAAAUAAUCAAGAAUAUGAGUGCACAAGGCUAACAGAAAACCUGAUGUCAUAUUCUGAAGAUUCUAAAUUGACAGUAAAACUUGGUAGGGCACUUCAGAAGGGAGAAUAUAGGGUGAAAGUAUACCAGUUACUUGUCAAUGACAGUGAGCCAGCUAAGUUCCUCAUAGAUUGGGUGUUUUCACGUGGAAUGACAGUGUUACAAGCCAAAAAAGAAAUUCUCCCAGAAAUCAGAGAGAAAUGUGGUUUGGAUAUUCCUUUGAAUAGGUGUCGACUGAGAAAGAAAUGUUGGAAGAACCCAGGGACAAUUUAUCUGGAUAAUGAAAGAUUUGAAACUGAUAUUCCUCUUUUUGCCAACUGGGAAGUCUUCAUAGAAAUUUUAACAGAAGCUGAAAAGUUCACUUCAAAAUCUCAAGUAGCAACUUUUACACGCUGGUGGCAUCCAUCCACGUACCAGCUUGAUCCUUUUAUAGAAGUAGUGUUGAAUGUUCUAAGUGUUGAAGAGCUCAGGGAAAAGCUGUCACAGAUCAGUGGGAUUCCUCAGGAAUUUAUUGAAAUUGCAAAGGGACAAGGAACAUUUCCUUGUGAUGUCUCUCUCCUGUCCAUACAUAAUGAUCUAGACUGGCACUUCCAGAUUCUUUCAUUAAACAUGUGGCCUUUGUAUAUGAGUGACGAUGGACAUGUUAUUUUUUACAGAGACAGUCGAGAAGAACUCAAGAAGUUGUCAGAGGAAGAAAAGAGAGAAAUUUCUAAUAGGGAAAGUGCAAGAUUAAACAAGUUCAGUAAAAUUGGUUACUCUCCUCGAAAAGAAAGAGCACUGAAGAUUUAUACAGACUGUAGCCCUUCAACAAGCAAUAUUAGCAGUAGUUCAAAAACAGUAGUACCUGAGCUAGACUGAAAAGAUGAAACUAUAGGCUGCAAACUAGGAGAGACUGUCUUAAACCAUAUCAUCAUCAACAAUCAAUUAAUUUAUUGACUUUACUUUUGUGUGAUGAGACUGCAAGGUACAGCAAGUGUUGUUCUUGGGAACAUGGAGAAGAGCAGUGAUUGGUUGUUUUAUGAAUGCUCAUUUCUUCAUAUGAUUUUAUCAUGUGAUUUUAGUAAGAAUACUUUAGCAAUAUAUGUUAAGUUUUGUGUAUGCUUCAUAAAGCUUUUAUAAAUUGAGUGAGAGAAUUGUUUACUUGAUCCCACUAACCACUUCAUGUUAGAGUUUAUGAAUGAACAAUAAAACUGUUUAAGCAUGUUAAGUAGCAUUUGUCUAACUUGAGUUUUGCCUGGAGCAAGCAGCAUAAUGUUAAGUAAUUUUUCAAACUUUUAGAACCUAAUACACACAACAACGAUAGCACAUCAACCAUUAUUUAGGUUCUUGGACUUUUGACAAAAAUAUUGAAAACCUAUUAGAACUUUUGUACCUAAAGUCCAUACCGUCCUUGUAUUUUUCUAGUGUUAGUGUAUAUCUGAAUGAGAUGAAAUUACCUGAAACUUCCAUUUUUACAGAAAUCAGAUGAAAAUAUACUAUGUUGGAACAUGUUUCUCAAUUUCUGAAAACUAUAAGUAAUUUUGUGUUCUUUAAAGUUUUGAAAAAUAUUGUACUUUAAGAGAAAUUUAAUUAGCUGCUUUGGUUUCAGCAGUAUAAUUUUCUUUGAAGGUUUUUAUGAAUGCAUGAAUAGGUUUCUGUGUGCCACCACAUUAUAUAUGUGUAAUUAUUGAAAGAUUUCUCUAUUAAUAAAUAUGUAUUGUAGUUGAA